AGGAGGAAAAUCAAAAGAAGGUUGUUUCGCCACAGAGACAGAGAGAGCGAUUAGAGAGAGAAAGAGAGAGUGCGACUAGUGAGAGAGAGAGAGAGAGCGAUUACAGCUUGCGUUAGGAAGAGUGAGUGCAGAAGAAGAAAGGCCACAGCAAGUAGGAGAAUCCCCAAAAAGCGUUUCUCUCUCGACUCUUUGGUGGUAAACCAUCUGGAGAUCAGAAGGUUACGGUCCGGAGGGAUUACAUAAAGAAGUUGACCAACACACUCACCGAUGCUUAGCAAGUGAUGUGCUUUCAGAUACUUUGCAAAUAUGUUGGUGGAAAGUUCGUUCAGCUCUUCCGUUGAAUCUAGUCUACUCAACGCAUCUGAGUAUCAAGUCCCAUUUGCUGCAUAUGAUUGGAUGUCGCUUGCUGAAACUUAUCAAAUGAUCCACAAACUUCCCCAACACUCUCAAGUAAGCUUUCUUGAUGCUGUUCCUGAUGCCAUGAAACUUGAUGAAUCAGAAGAACAUCCAAAACCUCCAGAGAAAAAUGUUUUGUAUAAGGUAUCGGAAAAGGCCCUGACUUCUCUUGUGUAUAGUCGAAGGAAGAGGAGCGUGAGACCUGGGGGUAGUGAGGAACAUGACCCAGGAAAAUGCGAGAAACUGGAUGAUUCAUUUGAUGACUCUAUUGUCCCAGUUUAUUACCCUGGAGAAAGCUCAAAAAGACAAAAUCGAUUCAACAACUGUCUUGUCUAUAGCCGAAAGAAAAAGAGAGGCGAAACCAGUAGUGUUACUGGAGAAACUAUAAGAAGGGCUGAUGGGAUUGAUGAUACUUUUGUCUCUGGGCACAACUGUGGAGAAACCAAGAGAAGAGAAAGUCAAUUAGAUGUUUAUGUCGUGUACAGCCGCAGGAAGAAAGGUGGAGUAAAAUCUAAAAGUUGUGGUUUUAGCAAACAUGUCUCUGGAGGAACCAAGAUAGGCGGUGAUCAAGCUGACUCUUUUGAAGAUAGCCGAAGGGGGAAGAUAGUUAAAGCUGAUGGGGGCUUUACUGGAUCUAACCCUGGAGAAGUCAAGAAUAGUGGUCAUCGACAUCUUUACAGCCAAAGUAAGCCGUUGGUGAAAUCUAAUGGCAGUUUUGCUGAAUGUCACACUUGGGGAACCAAGAGAACUGGUGAUACAUCUCAUGGCUUGCUUAUGUAUAGCCGGAGGAAGCAGAGAGGGAAAUCUAAUGGUGCUCGGAUUAAUGGCUUUCUAGUGUAUAGGCGGAAGAAGACCAAAGCAAAUAGUAUUUCUCAUACUGAACAAGCGUGCAGAUCUCUGGAACUUAAAUCUGUUGGUGCUCGGGUUAAUGGCUUUCUAGUGUAUACGCGGAAGAAGCCUAAACUAAAUAGUUCUCUGGAAUGUACGGCCAAUACUCAUGUUACCGAAGUGGCAUCUUCUUCUGAUGGAACAAAUCACAGCUGCUCGUCGCAAUCCAGCUCUGAACAUGCUUUAGGUUCCAGUAAAAAUGGAGGAAAUGAAGCUACAGAUUGCGAUUCCUCCGAUACAGACGGUAGUAUCAGCCCUUUCAGACAGUGCAAGCGUUGUGAUAAGGCAGGAACUGUCGAGAAGAUGUUGAUUUGUGAUGAAUGUGAAGAAGCAUAUCAUCCAAGGUGCUGCCGUGUUCGAGUGAAAGAAGCUGCAGAGAUGGAUGACUGGAUCUGUCGACCCUGUUUGAAAAAGAAGUCACCAAAGACAAAUAUCAAGGGGAGACUACGGGAACGGAAAUGGAGAGUUAAAGGACCGUUUGUAAUGGGAAUUCGAGUAGGAAAAGAGUUUCAAGCGGAUGUUCCAGACUGGUCAGGUCCAACCAUGAGUGAUACUUCUUUUGUUGGUCAAACGUUGGAGAUUGAUGAGUCAGAAUAUAUGCAUGAUCCGAAGAAGGCCAAGAAUGGUAAGAAACCACGUUCUGCAGAAAAUUGGCUCCAGUGCAGAGAGGAGGAUAGGAAUGGAGAUAUAUGCGGAAAGUGGCGUAGGGCUCCUCGCGCAGAGGUACAGACUAACAAGUGGGAAUGCUUCUGCUCCGUCUUUUGGGAUCCAUUGCAUGCUGAUUGUGCCGUCCCUCAGGAACUGGAAACAGAUGAGAUCAUGCAACAACUCAAGUACAUUAAGAUGCUUAGACCGCGUUCAGACGCCAAAACACGAAAGAUAGGACCUAAGGGUCGAAGCAGAUCAUAAAAAUGAAAAUCUUGAUGGAGAAGCAAGCUUUAGCCAACAUCAAAUGCAUAUGCUUUUGCAUCAGAGACUCUAGACAGUUCAGAGAACGCACAAAGAGUUUUGUACCAGUAGCGAAACUUCAAGAUAACUGAGAUGCUAUAAAAGAGAUUGAUUAGGUUCCAAAAGAGUAGCGAAUAGAUGUUUUGUAUUCAGGGACAGGCUCUGGAUUAAAUCUGAGAAUUAUUUUCAAAGCGAUAAAGCAUUCUGAUGAGUA